ACCAUAAUUCACAAGCUGUAGACUGAAAGAAACCGCAUGCCAUGAACCUGAGAUUCUUUAAUCUAUAGGAAGAUGUCAGUGUCAUACAAUGGCUGGGAAGUGGUCUAUGACGACGAAUCCACUCUGGGGGUAGAACUAACCGAAGCUCAAACGCCAAAAGACGGGAAGACCUACACCAUGUACCACGGCACCACCGUCCAAACGGCCCGGCUCAUCAUCGCCAACGGCUUCCGCCAGUCUCCGGACGGAAUGCUGGGCGCCGGCGUGUACGUGAGCCGCGACCAGAAGAAGGCCGAGCGCUACCCCCUGGGAGCCCACGUCGCCGCCCGCGUCGUCCUGACCCUCGACGUGGACGUGGGGCGCGUCAAGCGCAUCGACAAGGACGGCCACCCCAUGCAGAAGAGCUGGCACACGCAGCACAAGUACGACACGGCCUGGGUGCCCCCCAACUGCGGCAUGAAGGCCGUGCCCAGCGGCCUGGAGGAGGACUGCGUGUUCGACCCCCAGCGGAUCCGGGUGGCCGGCGUCGCCUUGGCGCCCGACUCCAUCGUCCUCGCGGAGCUCCGCCGGCUCAUCGGCCAGUCCCCCCACCGGUCGGGGGGCGGUGGAGCCGGGCGGAGCAGCGGAGGAGGGGCCGCGGGGGGCCGAGGCGUGUGCGCCGUGUGCAACAGGAAGAGCCCGCCCAGUAACACGCACACCCUGCAGCAGUGCUGGGGCUGCGGGCAGAAGAUCUGCACUUUCAUGGUCAAGCACGUGUGCUCGGCCAGCCUCUGCGGUUGAGGAUGGGGAGGGUCGUACCGUGCCGGACUCUCGGGCAGUAGGUCGGAACAUCCAGAAGGACAUAAUUGAGCUGUAUUCGGUUUGCAUCUUAACAUUCCACUCUCUCUGUCAGGAAAUGAUACAAAUCCUAUCAAGCCAUGCCAAAUAUUGAUAUGUGCACUGUACAAUCGUGGGAGGAAUGUGGAGGUUGUUACACCUCCACAUUUCUUCUUCAGUGUUAUGUGAAUAUCCAGGAUAACCACUGAACCUCUUUCUAUUCUUAGAAAAAAAAGCACAAUCUUGGUUGCUGUUGGCAAAA